UCAAUAUUACAUAUACUUUAUUAUUUAUUUGCUUGUAUACAUUUAUAAAAACGAAAUGGACCGAUUUUUUUGUUUCUACAACUUUAAUACUAUUUAUUUGUAGUAAAUUUUAUAAAAACUCGAGUUAUAAUUGAAACUUUAUAAAGGCAUUAAAUUAGUACACAACAAGAUGUCAAAGCAGAGUGUAUUGUUUCAUCCCAUCAUAAGUUCAAUCCAAAGAAUAGCUCUCUAUGAAACCAAAGCGAGAUUUUAUUUAAUUGGAUCCAAUAAUACACAGACCAGAUUUCGUGUACUGAAAAUAGAUAGAACUGAGUCACGAGAGCUGACUCUUGUUGAUGAUAAAGUUGAAUACAACAAGCAAGAGAUACAUCAGCUAUUGAACAUGAUUGGAUUUGGCAACAGACCGGGCAAAUUGGGUGGUUUUAAUAAACUUGUGUCCGCAUUUGGUAUUGUAGGUUUCAUAAGAUUCCUAGAAGGUUACUAUAUAAUACUUGUAACAAAAAGAAGAAAGAUUGCCGUUAUAGGCUCACAUUCCAUUUACAAGAUAGAAGACACUGCCACCAUAUACAUUCCCAGUGAGAGUAACAAACCACAACACCCUGACGAGCAGAGAUAUCUAAAAAUGUUUCUGGCAAUAGACCUUUCAACAAACUUCUACUAUAGCUAUAGUUAUGAUAUUACUCAUACUUUACAAAUGAAUAUAGCACCGCCAAGACAACUAGCGCCGGUGUUAUUUCCCAAGCCUGUAACGGCAGUUGUACAUGGAACCAGUUCAGAGAGUUGUAAAGUGCAAUGUACUUGUAAAGAUGGUAAUGAUGAUGAAGAUAUCUUUGAAACAUGGAAGAAACAAAUAAAGCAAAGACAAGAUAAAAUGGGAUGCCAAAGUCAGAAACUAGAGUUUGGUGUUCGGUCUGUACCGGAAUGGCGUUUUGUGUGGAACAGUCAUUUACUAUCAACAGUCCAUUCUCAUCUACACCCAGAUUGGAUAUUGUACAUUGUACAUGGGUUCAUUGCACAGAGUAACUUAAAUAUUUUUGGGCGACCCAUAUAUCUAACUCUAAUAGCUAGAAGGAGUAAUAGAUAUGCAGGUACAAGGUUCUUGAAAAGAGGUGCUAAUAUCCAUGGAGAUGUAGCAAAUGAGGUGGAAACUGAGCAGAUUAUCCAUGAUUCAAUGGUGUCUUCACUCACAGCUGGCAGAUUCAGUUCAUUUGUGCAAAUGCGUGGUUCAAUACCCAGUUAUUGGUCUCAAGAUGUUUCAAAAAUGGUACCAAAGCCGGCUAUAUCGAUCGAUUUGAGUGAUCCAUUUGCAGAAACACCAGGAAAACACUUGAACAACCUCAUGAGAAGAUAUGGGGCACCUAUCAUGUUCUUAAAUCUGGUGAAGAAAAGAGAAAAAAGGAAACAUGAAUCUCUACUCACUGAUGUAAUAAGCAAUGCAAUUAAGUAUCUUAAUCAAUUCUUGCCACCAGAACAUGCUGUGCAAUAUAUACAUUUGGAUAUGGCAAGAAUGAAUAAGGGUGCUGAUGCUAAAGUUUUAGAUAAGCUAUCUGCAAUAGCACACACAGCGGUACAGCGUACAGGUAUAUUUGUGAACUCUAAAAGCUACGACGAAAUGCGUGGUGUCGAUGGUCAUCAGGGCGGCCGAGUGCAGACUGGUCUCGUGCGUGUUAACUGCGUCGACUGCCUCGACAGAACAAACACGGCGCAGUUUGCUAUAGGGAAAUGUGUUUUAGCCCAUCAGCUGUAUGCGUUAGGGUUAAUUGCAGAACCAGUUAUUGAAUUUGAUUCGGAUUGUGUAAGACUUCUGGAAGGUUUAUAUGAAGACCAUGGUGAUACUUUAGCAUUACAAUAUGGAGGUUCACAACUUGUUCAUAGAAUAAAGUCAUAUAGAAAAACAGCUCCAUGGGCAUCACACGGCAACGAUAUUAUGCAAACUUUAAGCCGAUACUAUUCGAAUACUUUCUCAGAUGCAGAAAAACAAAAUACUAUGAAUUUGUUCCUUGGACUCUUUAUUCCAGAUCCUACGAAACCACCGAUAUGGGAUUAUCAAAAUGAUUAUUAUUUGCAUCACCCAGAGGCAUCAACAUACAUACCAAAUAGAAGGUCUUUAACAAAAUGGUGGGACGAUGAUGUACUGCGAUAUGUACCUCUCCCAUGUAACGAGAUGAGGAAACUUUGUUGCGAGAUUAUUGGCAUGCAAGGAGACAGUAGCGCUUUGGAGAUGGUCGACCCUUACCACGAUCAUAACAGACCAUUCGAGUAUACUGUAUUUGCAGAGUGUUUCGAAUUUAAGAUGUGUCAUACGAGAGACCUCGCACCUACCUUCUCCGAGAACUUUAGUCCGUUUGUAGUGCGCGGACGCACCGUCGAACACAAGGGGCCUACGUCUAAAAACCCAGUCAUUAGCGGCCGUUGUAGCACCACAUCUAAUAAUUCUAGCGAUUCGAAUAGUGAUUCGUCAUCAGACGAUGAUCUAACCAGUUCAACGCCAAGUUCCCGAUUAGCUGCGCCGUCUCCGUUGACCGUACUAGUCAAAAUACUGAGUGCUGAAGAAGAAGAACAAACAACAACCCUGUUUCCUGCCAUCAAGCGUCAGAAUAGGGUUUUAUUGAAGGAACCAAAUAAACGUGAUAUGCUAAUAUACAAGCGAUACGUGAAUUUCGAGCGACGUUCGAACCCUAAAUAUAAAUCUGACUCACACGUGGUGAUGACCGUCAACAGUGCUUUCACCAUUGACAGCUCAGUCGACGUGAUCCCGCCCACUGUCACCAAAGUAGCCAAGGAGAUAUACCACAACUACGUGCAACGUAACAACGGCCGAAUAGUAGUAUCGCCUAAUUCUAUUGCACUUUAUAAAAAAUAUGUAAACUUUACUCUAUAGCACAUAUAUGCACAUAUACAUAAAUUUGAGAGUGUAUCGGGUCGCUCAAUUCAGUGAAUCGGUAUUCAUUCAAUUUAUAAAAUAGAAAAUCAUAUCCUUUAAUACAGUGAUUCUAUAACUGUGCGUCGUUAUGACUCUUUCACCGCGGUAUCACUAAUCGGCCUUCGCGAAACCUCCAGAUCCCCGAUUUGAGAAGUUAAGUUCAGAAAAAGAAGCUCAUCUGACUCAUAAAUUGUACCUGUUUAAUGCUAAAUACUAUUUAUCCUGGAGAGAGACUUACAGUUUUUAGUGUAGAAAAUAAUCAUAAAUAUUUUCUGUUACACGAAAAUCUUAAACAAAUUGGAUAUUUUUUAUGUAGGUAUUUGCAAUAUGCAUAUUUUAUAUUAUUUAUAUUAUUUUACAUACCAGGUGGAUAUGUGUGCUUAUGCGAAUUGUAAUAAAAUGUUUUUGAAUUAGUUAACACGACCUAUAAACGACAAAAUAUGUCUGACAAUUUAAUAGUAGUAAAUUAAUAGCAUUAGUCUAAUAAAAAUUAUACGUAGCGAUUGCCUACUUAACAGGAAAAACUCAUGUAAAAUAUGUAGUUUUAAGGUUCAGAAUUUUUAUGAUUAUAAAUAUUUAAAAACAAAAUAUAUCUCUG